GUGGUUGCGCCGAGAAAUAACGUGCUGACCAAAUCCUCAGUCGACACACUCGAACACUUCGAAGUCCCGGUUUUCGGUCGCCUUGCCAAUUCUUUUGUUGACGAUGAAUGAUCUCACCUUAAUAUCGGCGCCCGAUUCUGGCUUUGAAGCCACUUUGGCCGGAUAAUUCUGACCAUGGAUCGGUGAGCCCUCCAUUGUACAGUGUCAGUUGAACAUAAUACGGAACCUUCUAUAUGUUUAUAAUAUGCUGUCCAGCUGCUCAGCGUGCAUAAUGCUCUGCUAUGUAUUUUUGUUACUGUUCAUUUUUUUACUGUCUUCACUUGAAUUGUAAUACCUCUUCAAUGCUUUACCAUCGCUGCUCAAUCUUUGAAUUGGCCUAUUGUUGUCUGCAUGAUUGUGAAGACUUAUCGGGCUCUCCAUUCAGUAGUGAUGCUGAGGAUAUUCACAGCGGUUUCUGGAACAACAUCACACAUGACGGCCGGCACUUUCCUAUUCACCACUGCGUGUAUAAAACUGCAUCUAAGCCCAAAACAAACAAAGCCAUACUCCUCAACUCAUACAUGGCGCCCUGCACUUUCCUAUUCACCAUUGCGUGUAUGAAACUGCCUUUAAGCCUAGGACAAACAAAGUCAUACUCCACGGCUCACACUCUUGCAGAUCCAAUGAGACACUAUCUAAGAUUUUUAAGAGCGUCCAAGGCCCCUUUUGAAACAGAGGAAGAAGCAGUACUUGAAACAAGAAGCUCUGCCACUGUCAAACAACCAAUCCUCCUUGACCUAUAUCAACCCUAAGAUGCCAAUUGCGUCUUCUCUACAUCAAAUACGCAACUAGUUACGCCGCCUGCUCUCCCAAUUGCAACCAUGUGCCAUGUCCAGCGCGUUCUCAAUACCUGUGGGCAUAUCAACGACCAUGUCUUCCUAGCCUGCCACAUCGCAAAGGCGGCAGCAGCACUACUGGCCCCCUCUGAUAUCAACGGGGGCUGCGACUCCUUCCAGCCUCAAUUCUUGAAGAAU